CUCAAUGCGCGGCAAACAGCAACACGCAGUAACGCAUAGGGAGAUUCGUUCGGUCUCGUUCUUCUAGAAGAUUCGUUCUUUUGAACGAAUCGUUCGCGACCGACUCAACACUAAUGCACACAUAAUAAAAACAAAAUGGCGAUUCCCGACCCGUACGCACGUACAUCCCCGUCGUUUUACAGAUGGGAGUAUUGUCGCUACUUUAGCAUAAUUGACACGAAAGGAAAGAACAUGUAUGUGAAGUGCACAUUAUGUCCAGGAGAUAAGUGUUUGUCCACGUCUAUUAUAAGUAAUUCGAAUCUCAAGAGACAUCUAAAAAAAACGCACACCGACCUACUAAAACUAAAGGUAGACGUCGAAGACCCUGAUGAUGAUUUUGGUCAUGUCCACGCUCCUCGUAGAAGUCGCCGAAGGCAAGAAAAGGUCUUACCUGAAGCACCGUGUUCUGAAUCAGUUAAGAGCUCUGAAAGUUCUUUCAUUAAUGUGAAGUAUACCGUCUCUGCAGUUCCCUGCCAGCCUGUCAUCCCUCCUGUAAUAAAGACUGAACCAGACAGCAUGAGUAGUGAUGUGACUGGCGUCAAUGACACUAACGUACCUGGGGAUGAAGAUGUAGAAACUCUUUACACCUCUUACCUCCGAAAGGAAAUUGAGAACCGUGAACAAGAGAUGGCCUACAGAGCUCUGAAAAUGAAGAAGUUGGAAAAGGAACUGUUACUACUCGAUAUGCAACUGGCUGGUGGGACCAAGGCUUUCUCUGGUGUCAUUUUUUUUUCCUAUAUGAUGGCUCCAAGGUGAAGGGAGAGGGAGAUCCAACUAGCAAAGGGAUAUGUUACUUCUAUCCCGAAGAGACACCUAUAGAUAAGCAGGAACUGCUUUGUGGGCAACUUGCUGGAGUUGGCCGUUGCAUUUCGGAGCUUUCUUCCUCCCCUGUGCGCUUCCUGAGGCUGCGUCGCCAUAAGUUUGCAAUCCACAUGGAAGACGACUUCUUUUGGGCUCUGGGCUGCUCAAUGGAAACUCCCACUAUUAGUGUCUGUGAGCUACUGGAUAAGCUUAUAAACCUCUUUUGUUUCUACAAUGGCUCUGUGCGCCAGAGCUACCAGCUUCAAAGUCGGGAAACCUUGGCUGCUCGUUGGUCACGGUAUCUGUUACACGUGCUUACUGGACCUUCUGAGCUUCAUCUCGUCUUUAGCUCCUUGUCCACAAUUGAUUCAACAAACGUUGACCCACUUCUGCUGCUCAAGGCUGCCCUUAUUCUACAGGCCUGUCAGCGCUGCCCUCUAGUGUUAGCAGGCUGCAUUCUUUUCAGAGGCAGAGUGGUGAGCACACAGAUGUCCCCAGCUCUGACCAUGAAAGUUAUGGUUCAUGAGAGUGAAAACUUCAAGGUGCAGUCACCCAAAGCUCUGAGCCCAUCAUGCUUAUUCGAUGAUGCUGUCAGUUCUACGUCUGUGUUCCUCACCAUGUUUGAACUUCAGUACCUGCAGUCUGCUCCUGUUGACAGAGAAUCAUGGUCCCACACUACUCCAAUUAAAGACCCUCCCCUAUGUAAUAGCUUGUCAAGAACACCAUCAGAUACAGCCUCUUCAGAGUCUCUGCUUUCUGAUUCAUCGUUCUCCCAAAAAGGAACUUUGAGCUUGUCUGAAUCUGCCAACUCUGUUUUCGGCCUAGUUCAGUCACAGAACCCCAGACCAAAUGGAGACGCUUCCCAUGGAGCUGAGCAUGAAGUUCUACAAAAUAUGAACUAUGAUAGUUUACACACAAGUGGAGGAGAACAAGGCAACUCUGAGAACAACACAAACUCAUGCGUCAAUGGAAAAGAUGAGUGCAGUGGAGGGACAGAGCUCUGCAAUGAGGAAUCACAGGAUCCUGGAUUGGAAAGGGAGGAUAAAACUGUACCCGUACACCCAGAUGACACCCCUCUGGUCCCCAUGACACUCUACCUGCACAGGGUCAAGAGCCUGGUGCUGGCCCUACUGGUGGAGCCUCAUUUCUUAUGUGACCAAGCUGCCAUGGAGGAAGUGUAUCACAGCUGCUUAGCUUCGCUUAACGGACUCGAGGCCCAUCUGAGGAGCAUCUCUCCAGGGGCGCCGACCACUGCGGGACCCUUCAUCUUUUCCCAUUAUGACUGCACUCAGAGCACGCUAAUAACCAACCUGUCUGCCCGACCAAGGGGACCCCCCGAGCGUCCUUUUGUCAGAGCCACAUCACUUCUUCACUCGCAUUUCUGUAACACUGAAACUCUGCAGGAGGCUAUUAUCAGGAAUGCUUCUGCUGCUGUCUACGGGGUCCGCAGCGUGGCUCAGGAGACAUAUUUCAUGCAACACGGUGUCGCGCUGAGGAACUCGGGCAUCCCCAACCACCAGGACAGCGCGUUCUCCCUCCCCAGCAAGGCUCGGCACAGACUGCUCAAACAUGGCGUCAAUUUACUGUGAUGUGAGAGUACUACAAAUUUGACAAUUCCAGCAUUGGAAGCGUGUUCAAGAUGUGAAGUGGUAUGAAAAAAUACCUGAACCUUUUGGAAUUUCUCACAUUUCAGCGUAAAAUCACCAUCAAUGGUGAUCUGAUUUUUGUUAAAAUCACACAGAUGAAAAAAACAGUUUGUGCUUUAACUAAAACCACCCAAACAUUAAUAGUUUUUUUUAUAUUUUAAUGAGGAUAUCAUGCAAACAAUAACGGAAGGGGGAAAGAUAAGUAAGUGAAUCAACACAUUUAAUAUUUUGCGCCCUCCACUUUGGCAGCAAGCAAUAACUUCAAUCAGACAUUUCCUGUGUCUUCAGAUCAGUCUAGCACGUUGAACAGGACUAAUCUUGGCCCAUUUUUCUCAACAAAACUGCUGUAGUUCAGUCAGAUACCUAGGAUGUCCGGCAUGAAUCGCUGUCUUUAGGUCAUGCCACAUCAUCUCAAUGGGGUUCAGGUCUGAACUUUGACUUGGCCACUCCAGAACGUGUAUUUUGUUCUUCUGAAACCAUUCUGAAGUUGAUUUACUUCUGUGUUUUGGAUCAUUGUCUUGUUGCAGCAUCCAUCCUCUUUUUAGCUUCAACUACCUGACAGAUGGUCUCAGGUUUUCCCGCAAAACAUCCUGAUACACUUUUGAAUUCAUUCUUCCAUUAAUGAUUGCAAGAUGUCCAGGCCCUGAGGUAGCAAAACAGCCCCAAAUCAUGAUGCACCCUCCACCAUGCUUCAUGGUGGUGAUGAGGUGUUGAUGUUGGUGAGCUGUUCCAUUUUUCCUCCACAUAUGACGUUGUGUGUUACUCCCAAACAAUUCAACUUUGGUUUCAUCAGUCCACAAAAUAUUUUGCCAAAACUUCUGUGGAGUGUCCAAGUGCCUUUUUGCGAACAUUAAACGGGCAACAAUGUUUUUUUUUUUUUUUUUUUUUUUUUUUUUUUUUUUUUACAGCUGUGGCUUCCUCCUUGGAGUCCUCCCAUGAACACCAUUCUUGGCCAUAGUUUUACAUAUAGUUGAUGUGUGCACAGAGAUAUUGAACUGUGCCAGUGAUUUCUGUAAGUGUUAAGCAGACAUUCUAGGGUUCUUUUUUACCUCUCUGAGUAUUCUGUGCUGAACUCUUGGCGUCAACUUUGGUGGACAGCCACUCCUUGGGAGAGAAGCAACUGUGCCAAACUCUCCAUUUGUAGACAACUUCUCUGACUGUCGAUUGAUGAACAUCCAGACUUUUAGAGAUGGUUUUGUAUCCUUUCCCAGCUUUACACAAAUCAACAACCCUUGAUUGCAGGUCUUCAGACAGCUCUUUUGACCGAGCCAUGAUGCACAUCAGACAAUGCUUCUCAUCAAGACAAUUCUUACCAGGUGUGUGUUUCAUAGUGGGCAGGGCAGCUUUAAACCACUCAUCAGUGGUUGGGCAGACACCUGACGUAAAAUGUCUGGUAAAAAUUGGUUUCAAUUGCUCAAGUCUCCUUAAGAAAAGGGUUCACAUACUUAUGUUCCCCCUUUUGUCAUUGUUUACAUGCUAUCCUCAUUGAAAUAUGAAAACUAGGGCUGUCAAACAAUUAAAAUUUUUAAUCGAGUUAAUUACAGCUUAAAAAUUAAUUAAUCGUAAUUAAUCGCAAUUAAUCGCAAUUAAAACCAUCUAUAAAAUAUGCCAUAUUUUUCUGUGAAUUAUAUAUAUAUAUUCUGUAAAAUGUUGGAGUGGAAAGAUAAGACACAAGAUGGAUAUAUACAUUCACCAUACGGUACAUAAGGACUGUAGUGGGCAUUUCACUCUACUGUCAUUUAAAUCUGUCUAUGCUGUCCUCACUCUGAAGCGUCUACUUUUUCCAAAGCUAGACAGCUAGUGAACGACGCCUUAAUAAUCAGACUUAUUCCUUUUUCAUCUGAUUUAUUAAUAAAAUGGCCUCAAACCACUGUCCUCUUUAGACCGUCCUAAAACUACAAAAAAAAGUACACAAGCAUUGCAUUAGCAACAAUGUUAGCUUAGCACGCUAUACAGGUUAACUAAACAUAAACAAAAAGCGUCUCAUACAAAAAAUAUAACAUUUCGCUUAUUGACAUGAUAUGUACAUUCUUUACAACAACCAUACUUACGGACAAAUCUUGUCAAAGGAUCAUAUAAGCACAACAGAGACGUUGUGCAGCCAUUUUGAACUGGCAAGAAAAGAAUAAACCAUGUCGCAAAGCGACCACAAGAGUUCACUGUUAGACAGCACAAAAAGCCUUGCUGUGAAACUUACCAAAAGGCAGAAUACUGUCUGAGCGGGACAUGUGCGUUAAUUGCGUCAAAUAUUUUAACGUGAUUAAUUUAAAAAAUUAAUUACCGCGCGUUAACGCGUUAAUUUUGACAGCCCUAAUGAAAACAUAUAAAUGUUUGGGUGGUUUUAGUUAAAGCAGACACUGUAUUUUCAUCUGUGUGAUUUUCACAAAGAUCAGCUCACAUUUGAUGGUGAUUUUAUACAGAAAUGUGAGAAAUUCCAAAAGCUAGAUACUUUUUCAUACCAUUGUGUAUGGAACCUGAACAGAAGUCUUCCGCCUUUCAGUCCUUUUUUUUUUUAUUAAAAAUAUUUAACUUGUUUAGCUAGUGAGUCACAAUAUCAGGUAUUGUACAUAGCUCAAGCAGGAGAUGAUUAUCUCCAGUUUUACAAAGUCAGUUUAUCGUUGUCCUCACUUGCACGCAUGUCAUCAAUACAUUGAUGGCAUUAAUUUUUCUUAGCAAAUGCAAUUUUAUUGGUACAGUAUUAUUAAUUAAAAUCAGUUACCCUGCUUCUGGGAAAUAAAAUGUAUUUUAACUACA